AUGCCAGGGCUGCUGGCUGCUUUCCGGGCCUUUUCCAAGGCCUUGCUUCUGCUGAGCAAUCUGACAGCAAAGCACCUCGAGGAACUCCAAGAUUGUCCUCGACAGAAGAGCUUGGCCCAAACUCUGCAGCUCCUUCGCAAGUGUGUUCCUUUGCUCCACGCAACCAAGCACAGCGAACUUAAACGCUCCUGGGACCUGCAAGUGAACCUCUCCAAAGAGCACGCUUUCCAGCUGACAGAGAGGACCAUCAAAGAACUCACUUCCCUGCUCAGUGACAACACAGGCAGCAAGGAGCCACGGGACAGAAGCGGGAUCUUCUCCCAGCAUGUGAGCAGGCUGCUGGCGCUCCUCUCUCACCCAGACCCGGUGCACCUCUCCGACAGCAAGUUCAGCACUCACGUGGAAGCCGUCAUUUUCUACUGCAUGCUUCUAGCAGACUCCUCCAGGCCAGAUCUGAAGGUAGACCUGGUAAAACAUUGCCGGGAUCUGCUACGGCUGAGGAAGAGCAUCUGUGGCCACGUAAGCCAGCGGGAGGGAUGGCCAGGGCAAAGCUGGGGAGAAAGCAGCCUGCAAGAGGAAUGUCACAUCAUGAGAGAGGAGGUGGAGAGUGUCAACCAGGCAGUACUCACAGCUACCCUGUGCCAAAUCCUCGACACCUUCUUUGAGGAUAAGGAGCCCCUGAGGUACUUAGUUGAAGGUACCCUUAGCCUUGCCGGUACAGGGUGUUUUCCAGCAGGACAAGGAGGAUUUUUGAAGAAGCUUCAGCCCCUCACUACCACCUUCUUCGCACACGCCCAGCAGAUGCUCAGAGUGGCAGACUUUGUUCUGGCCAGGUGCACCAAAACCCAAACCGCUAGAGAAAUUGGGGAGUGGGUAGAGUAUUUGAAGAGACUCCUUGCCAGUCUCCCUCCACUGCUCACAGAAAUGAGCAGAAAUACAGCCCAGAUGAGCGCCGCUGAGCAGCUGCGGUCCUUGUACCACGCGUGGGCCGGAACAACAGAAAGCCUCUUGCGGUGUUUUGAGGAGACGGUCAGCACGCAUGAAUUCCUUAAGCUGUCUGUACAGGAAAUGGCCAAGCACAGGGAAUGGUGUGAAGAGGCCCUGGAGAGGCAGGACGCCGAGGGGCUCUCUUGGCACGCAACUCGCCUCACCAGCUGGGCUCGGUGGGUGGUUGAAGCUACCACCAGGUACGUGGACAGAGCCACAGACCCCAUUUUCAGGAAUGGCUUGCUGGUUUGGGUUGCGCAACUGGCCAGCUCCAGCCUUGAGCUGAAAGCGGUCACAGCCCUUUGUCGGGAGAGACUGCCCUGCCUCCAGACGAGGGAUGUCUUCUUAAAGGCAGCGAGCUGCCUGAUGGAUACAGCUCGCCGUGUCCAAGACGGGCUGGAUGGGUCCAACCACCCAGAUAUCCUCAGCCCUCUCCGGGCACGAGUGCGAAGCACCAAUGUCGCAAAGACAUUUGAACUCAGCCCGUCACAUGCUGGGCUAUCAACCGUCGCCGAUGAGGCUGUGCUGCAAGAAGACAUCUUAGGUCGUCCGUCUCCACGAGCAGGUAACUUACACCCGGGUGUUGUUCCAGGGAAAGGAGACGCGCACCCUGUCAUUACGGCUCUCCUCACAGCAACAAGAGCCCGUGAUAUGGCAGCUAUCAAUGCUGCUUGCUCCGCCUUGCUUGAACUCUCCAACGGCUGUAUCGAUGCGGCAAAGGAAGCGCUGCCGGUUGCCGACUCUCCCCAGAUAGAGACGCUGGGGCAGCACCAGAAGAUUGUAUUAAUGACGGCACGUGUUAUCAGCCUGGCCAGGGAAACAGCCCCACGGCAGCUUUGUUGUCCAGGCAGACUUCUCCAAAUGGCACUCUCACUCUCCGAAAGGAUCCAGGAGACCAAAGAGUGCCUGGCAGCCGUGGCAGGCUCUUGGUAUAGUCUGUCUCAGCAAGUAUUUGGCUUUAUCUUGUCUGCUGACUUUCUGAGAGGCAAACAGGCUUUGGACGAGACCAUGAUGGGUUUAGCAGGAGCAGUUCGGUUAGCAGGAGACAUUGCCUGUAGUAAGGGAAAUCCCGCUUCCUCCGAUGUCUGGGAGAGCUUUCUACAGGUCCGAGCCAAGUAUUCACGUGCUCAGAUGAACACCAAAGUGUUACUUGAGAAAGCAGUGUCCUUCGAGGGCUCCUGCAGGGCAGGAGUGGCCAGCCUGGAGCUGCACUGCGUCCAGUGGGCUGUUGGCAUGCACGUCCUGCUGGGCGCUGUGGACCAGUUCAUAGGCAGGGAUGUCCUGUUCCUGAGGGAGCUGCGGAGCGCCGUGAAGAACAAGCUUUGCUCGCAGAGCCUCUUGGCUGCUGUGUCCGAGAAUUCCCUGAGGCUGCAGGAGGCCGCCCGGCUCUCCUCCUUGUCCUGCCCUGAAGAGCAUGGUCGCAGUGAAAUCCUCGCGCUCAGGGAAGAGAUAAAGGUGCUAAUGGAAGCACUGCUGGAUGCCUCCAACACCCUCUCGGUCUCCCCACUGUCUGCUGCCAGCUUGUACAUUCGCUUUGAGCUCCUGCAGAGAGACUUGGCCCUCAGGGCCAAGGCAUUAUUGCUCCACCUGGAGAAGGUCAAUGCCGAACACCUGCAGGUCAUCCGAGAUGUCCUUGGACCAGCCCUGUCCCCUCUCUCUCCAGAGGAGAGGGAGAGGAGCAGAGAGGCCUUUGAAGAGAAGGCCAGUCGGCUCAUGGCUAACAUUCAGUGGGUCAAAACCACCCUCCAAGACCUUCUGGAGGCCAGCACUCAACUGCAAUCGCAGGAGAACCUGCUCUCCAUGGCAGACCACCUCCUGGUCCUCACGUCUGAUGCAGUGGGCAGUGCCGGCCAGCUCUUUCAGAGCCACCGGGACGAAGGACAUCUCCACCUAGACAGCAUUGUCUGGUACUGGUCAGCAACGGCACACUACCUCGUCACGCAGCUUCAGGCUGUCCGGGGCAUCAGCGGACGCGUUCUGCAGCUCAUCAGACAACGCCUGCAGAACGCAGGGGACCAGCGCCCUCCAAGACAACGCAGCAGCACAGCCAAGCUCUUCCCAGCCCGAGAGCUUGACGCCCUGAGCCACGCCAAGUCAACAGAAACUUGCCCAAGCAGGAGCGGACGAGCACGCGGAGCUGCCAGGGAGGCAGGUGAAAAGCACCAGAAUGGUCCUCCCAGCAUCUUCCUCGCCAGCAGCCCUGUGAAGCAGGAGAGAGAGGACAGUGACACAUGGCAGGGCAGCCCCUGCAAGAUGUCCCAGGUCACCAAGGACAUGGCAACGAGGAUACUUCACAUGACUCAGUUCCUCAGGAAGAAGGGCCCCAUCAUGAGCAAGGACCAGCUCGUCGCCUGCGCAAGGCAAAUUGCUUCCGAUGGGCAGGUGCUCGUUAAAUUUGGCCGCAUCGUUGCGAAGCACUGCCUCGACAAGAGAUGCUCCGCAGAGCUGCUGUGCGCCACAGAGCAGACCCACACCAUCAGCAGCCAGCUCGGCAUCGUGGCCAGGGUAAAAGCAGUCACUGCAGAGAGCAAGUCCUCUUCCGAGCUGCUUGUGAGCAACGCGCAGAACCUCAUUCAAGCGGUUUUGCAUGUUCUGAAGGCAGCCGAGGCAGCAUGUGUCAAAGGUUUGCAACAGCCCCCACCUGACUCUGAAGAAGAAGAAGUAGCUGCUUUCUGCGUGCAGUGGAGAAAAAACUUGUUGUGGCAUAGAGCCACGGAGUCCUUAAACUCAGACAGGGAUGAAUUAGGCCUCCGCAAGACUCGAGCAAGAGCUGAGCCCAGCCUGAUGGCUAUGGUGCAAGAACAAUCACCUCAGAGCAAGAAAACCCCCCAAGCCUCCAACACCUAUUAAAGGACAUACGAUUAUGGACAGCCACCCGUAAAAACAGGAAGGGACUUCUGCAAAAACAGGAGGGGGACUGCAUCGCUAACCGGCCUCAGCAGCAAGAACGCAGCCCGUGCUGCAUUCCUCGCGUCUCUUCUGCUAGAGCUGCUCUCACAGGAGGACUGAGAGUGCAAGGCCUGAAAAGGUUUUUGCGUGCCGGUUGCUCCUCCUGUGGCAAAUUCCAGCCUGCAGAGACACCGCUUCCUUUUGGCGACUGAACAAAGAGAAGAAUAAACUGAUGCCACACGCUAGCGUGUUUCAUAAGAGGCCUCUUGUCCAGAUGGCGUUUGAAGUUGAGUAAUAAGAUGUGAUACCAAGCUGCAGAGGACACGGGAGCUGGGGAAGAGCUGUAAGACCCAGUCAAAGGGAAAACAGAAGGUUUCCUGUUCAGUAAAACACCAUUCACCGAUCUUUGUUAUGUGGCACGGGAAUCACUCUGAAACCUUGAAUCAAUGGCCACCGAGCGGGGCUACAAUUCUUUCUAUUGAUAUACUGCGUGCCCCGUCCAGCUGUGAGCCUGCUCAUAUAUAGUCAGUCAGGCUUUUUUUUCUUUACAUUGCUAUAGGAAAGACAGCAUUUAAUAAGGUACCUUCAUUAUAUUUCUUUCAAUAACUGCCAGUUCUGUGUUAUUCAGCGCCCA